AGCGAGCACACACGGUGCCCUGACACGGUUCGCAGUGGCACACAGUGGUGGAGGAGCUGCAGCUGGAUGUCAGAGGACCACGGGGAAAUACUGCAAUAAUCCCUAAAUGUGAUGAAAAUAUAGGACAACAAGUCUCCAGGAUAAUCUGACGCACAGAGGGAGAAAACAGUCUUCAACCUGCUAUUUUUGGAAUUUGGAAUUAAUAUCUUAUUUCUAUCCAUCAGGUGUGUAAGUUAAAGAUGUUGCCACAUUGCUCCCUCCUGCUGUUGCUAUGCGCGGUGCAGCUGCUCUCCUCCUCCUCUGCCCUGCCCUUCGAGCAGCGAGGCUUCUGGGAUUUUGCCAUGGACAGCAUGGACACCGGCGGGAUAAUGACGAUGAUGAGGGAUGAGGAAGAGGGCUCCGCCGUGGAGGAGGUCCUCCCCCCUGACGUACCCAUGUGCCCCUUCGGCUGCCACUGUCAGCUCCGGGUCGUCCAGUGUUCUGACCUCGGUCUGACCGAGGUGCCAAACAAUAUUCCUCGGGACACCAAGUUCCUGGAUCUGCAGAACAACCAUAUCACCGAACUCAAAGAGAACGACUUCAAAGGCCUCACUAACUUAUAUGGUCUGUCUCUGAGGAAUAACCAUAUUUCUAAAGUCCACCCCCGAGCAUUUGUGCCUCUGAAGCACAUGCAGAAGCUCUACUUCUCCAAGAAUCUGCUGACCACCAUCCCCAAGAACUUGCCUUCUUCUCUGGUUGAGCUGAGGAUCCACGAGAACCGCAUCAAGAAGGUGGCAGCCGGAGCCUUCGCAGGACUGGGCAGCAUGAACUGCAUAGAAAUGGGAGCAAACCCCCUCCACAACAGCGGUUUUGAGCCUGGAGCCUUCAAGGGACUGAAACUGAAUUAUCUGCGUAUAUCAGAGGCCAAACUGACUGGGGUGCCAAAAGAUCUCCCAGAGAGUCUUCACGAGCUUCAUCUGGACCACAACGAGAUCCAGGCCGUGGAACUGGAGGACCUGAGCCGCUACAAAAACCUGUACAGGUUGGGCCUCGGCUUUAAUCAUAUCCGCAACAUAGAGAACGGCAGUCUGUCGUACCUGCCCAGACUGAGAGAGCUACAUCUGGACCACAACCGCCUCACUCGUGUUCCCAAAGGCCUCCCAGAUAUGAAAUACCUGCAGGUGGUGUACCUCCAUUCCAACAACAUCAACCAGGUGGGUGUGGAUGACUUCUGCCCUCGAGGAUUCGGGAUGAAGAGGACAUUCUAUAACGGCAUCAGCCUGUUUGCUAACCCCGUCAACUACUGGGAGGUGCAGCCGGCCACGUUCCGCUGUGUCAGCGACCGGCUCGCCAUUCAGUUUGGCAACUACAAAAAGUAAAGACGGGGGGAUACUGAGAGGUGGAGAGAGUGAGGGGAAGGGGAUGGAGGAAUGGAGGAGGAGCAGAUAAUUUAAGUAAUGAAAAAAAAACAAACCCUGAGAGGUGUCGGGAGUUAUUUGAGAUUAUUAUUAUUAUUAUUAUUAUUAUCAUUAAUUGAUUUGAUUGAUUUUUGGAGAGGAUGAGUGAUGGAGAAGAUGGGCAAUAAACUGAUGGGAUAGAAAGAAAAAGUGAAAAAUACAAUCACAUAACUUGAAGGGAGUGGAAAGCAAAGCCCUUGCAGUACUUCGCCGGAGUUUUUUUUUUUUUUUUUGCAUUUUUUUUGCAUUUUUUUGAAUUGAAGGUUCUGAAAGUUUUGCCAUCUGAAACGGAUGAAACAGAGGAGACUGUCUGAGAAGAAUGUUUCCCCCACAACCGAAAUCCAUGAAAAAUGAGUACUGAAAACUUGUGAAGCAUUUCAUUCCAUAUCUUUUACACAGUAGUGCUAAUUGUGAUAGAAGUCAUUUUCGUUUUAUUAACAUUUUUAAGAUUACUAGUAAAGAAAUAGAACAGCAAUGCAUUUUAGAUUUUUUUUAUAUAUAUAUAUAUACAUAAAAAGGUGCUCUGUAUGACUUUCUGUGUGUGCUGAUUUGGGAGAUACAUCACAUUGUCCCUGUUUCACUGGUCCCAAGCCAUUUGGCGCUCAAUUCUGUGAUUUAUUAUACUGUAUUAAUAAACAACUAGUCACGGAUUUGGGUCUAUUUCCACCAUUUACAGACACAAAAAGUAGAAACUAUUAUACAACUUAAGCAAUUAAAAACAUUUGUAUAUAUACAGUAUCAUGGCAGUUGACUGAUCAGUCCUAGACAUUUUUUUUAUUGACCUGAGAUAACUGAACCACCAGCCUGCCUGUGUAAGAGUCUAUUCUGUGCCUUUACUAAUAUGCUGUCUGUAUGAUACUUUAAUACAGUAUUCCUUGAGGGGACACUGAGGCAGUGGGGGGUUGCCCCAGUUUGAGAAAACACACAUCCGCUUUGCUUUGAGACAAUGAAGGCAGUGUGUUUACAUAGAGCUACAAACAUUAGUAGUGUUAAUGCAUUUUUUGCACAGCUUUUCUGUUAUGCUUAUCUGCUUCGGGGUUAUUGGAGGGUUAGUCUUUUUACGUUGGUAGAUCUCUGUGGAACUACUCUAAGUAUUCUGUCCUGUCUCUGUUCUGUAAUCUGACAAGCUACUGCUGCAUGUGAAUAAAGACAUUUUUAGCCUGCUGCAUAAAGCCAGAGAACAACUGAUGCCCCUGCGUUGGAUGCUGUGUGAGAAAUAAAGAAGAACUAUCA